AUGCGCAAACUUAUAGCCAAUCUCGUCGAGGAUAAUAAUAAGUUGAGGUCCGAAAAUGCCAAGUUGAGAAAUGAGAUGGUAAACAAUAAGUCUUUGAUUGAUGAUUCCGCAAAAAAUGUUUCUGUUGUGAAUUCACACUCAAGUUCUUCUGAGAGUGAUAUUGAGAAACGACGAUCAAUUAACUCUGGUUCAGCUAUUGAUAGGGCUAAUUAUGACUUCCAGUGUGUUAAUAGUGUUUUGAAUCAUUUAGAUAUAGAAUGUGUUCCUUGUUCUGUCUACCGUAUGGGCCGGUCGAUAAAUGACAGGCCCCGUCUUCUCAAGGUUGUUUUGCCCACCUCAAAGUUCCAGCAGUUAGCGGUUAAGCGUGCCCCACGAUUACGUUCUUUCCAAACCAAGGGCGUAUAUCUACGUCCAUCAUUAUCUUUCGAGGAAAGGAUGAAGAUUCGAGAGGCACGUCUGGCCAAAAAGUCAUCAUCUCGUGAGUCAAGUACUUCUGUUGUUGUUGCGAAUGAUUCGGGACAAACUCAGAAUUCUGAUAUUGUUGUUGGUACUGAUCAACACGCUAUAUGGUACUCAGAUGUGACAGGUUGUAACAAGAAAGGGGGUGGUGUUGCAAUUCUAGUGAGAGACCCUCAUCCCGCAAGUGUGACUUUUUCUGAGUCUGUAAAGGAUGCCUAUGAAGUGUUGGCAUGUGAUAUAUGGUUAUACUCGUUGCAACUCAGAGUGAUAGCAGUUUAUAGGGCACCCUCAUGUCCUUCUGGGAAGACUGACCAACUUAUUAAAGCCAUCAGUGAUUUGUGUACAUGUAACUAUAAUUGUAUCGUUGCUGGAGAUUUUAACAUUAAUCAUAGUUUCGAUGCCCAAGAAUCUCAAGGUGAUGCUAUUAUGGCGAAAUUCGCGAGUUUAUUCAGAACCCAUGGUUUGAUCCAAAAAGUCUCUUUUCCUACUAGACAUAACUCUCUGUUGGAUUUGCUUUUGUGCAAUGAUCGCUCUCUUAUUCGAGAUGUCCGCAAGUGCCCACCUCUAGGUUCUAGUGAUCACUGUGUUGUAAAAUUUUGUAUGUCAUCUGAUGGGAUAAUGGAAAAAUACACUUGGCGGAGAGAUUUUAGGAACGCCAAUUUCAAUGCUAUGAGGUCUUACUUGAGUAAUAUUGACUGGUUCGGUUCUUUUAAUACUGUCUCUGGAGUAAAUGAAAAAUACGAUAUGUUCGUGAGCAUACUCCACCAUGCUAUGGACAUGUUUAUUCCGUAUCAGCUCAUGCCACAAAGUUCGAAGCUUAUUCUACCUGGCUACUUAACUUCCAUGGUUAAAACUAGGGAAAGACUAUGGAAUAAGGCAGUUUUCACCCAGUCGUCAGUUGAUUGGGCAGUUUUUCAGUCUUUCAAUAAGAAGUGGACUGCAAAGCUCGCUAAGUAUAAAGCAUAUGUAGAGAAAAGAAAGUUGACCAAGGGUGGUUUGAAGGCGUUGUAUUCUCUUCUGAGAGCACGACUCACUGAGAAACAGAAUGUUGGUAUUUUUUUGAAAGAUAACUCUCAUCGGGCGAUAAGGGAUUAUGAUAAGGCGAACGUACUAGCAGAUACUUUUGAAAAUGCGUUUCACUUGACUCCGGAUUCAAUUUAUAACAUUGGUUCUCCUAUGGUGGAUUCGGACGACUCUGCGCCUUGGUUUGAUAAAAACAUUAUUGUCGAUGUUUUGGAGAAAUGGUCAUCAACGGCCGCGAUCAAUAGUGAAGAUAUUCCAUUUGUAGUU